AUGAAUCUUUCACAUUUUUCGAGAGCAUUUGGCACGAACAAUGAUAACAACACUAAUAAUAACAAUGACAACAAUAACAACAACAAUCCGAUCAAUAACAUUCCGAACGUUUCAACUUUGGCAGAUGUAAAAGACUUUAAUGAUGAUGAUGAAUCCAUCACUGAUCAUCAAGAAAAUAUAAUGCAACCAUCCAUUCCUUUCCGAAUGUUCACUGCUCAAGAACAAACCGGACAGGUUCCUUCUCAGCGUUCACAAAUUGCCUUGGUUGCAGUGCCUCCACGACAUUCAUUAUUCUGUUUGGGUGGAGUCGUCGACAAACCCUCUAAUCCAGGCAGUGUACUUCAAGUUUAUGAAUUUGAUUUAAGGACUGGAGUUUGGAAGCAACAUUUGGAUGGAGGUGAAUCAAGUACAUCUAAAGUCGGAAAUUUGUGGGCUUUGAAAGCUUGUUAUAGAAGAGCUGAUCAUCAUAUAUGGUGCUUUGGAGGGAAUACUGAUUCGAGUUUAGCAUCCUUCAACGUUAUUGAAAAUAUUGCUCCCUAUGGAGUAUUCUGUUUGGAUUUACAUACUUUUAAAUGGAAAACCAAGUUAGAUCGAAUUGGGAAAUUAAAUUGGAGAAGAGCCACCAAGAAGGAUGGAUAUCCAUUUGCUCUCCCUGAAAAUGAAACAACAGCAUCAAAACUUGGAGAAAAACGAUAUGGUCACGCAAUGGAAAUGAUGAAUGAUCAGUCAAAAUUAAUAGUUUUUGGUGGAGACAAUGGUACUGGAUUAGAAUUGAAUGAUUUUAUCGAGUUCGAUUAUAGAGAUUUAUUAUGGAGACCAGUGGAGGUCGUUGCUGGAAAGACGCCUUUGAUGAGACAUGUUAUGUGCUCUGCCAUGACGAACACGGACAAGUUUUUCAUAUUCGGAGGACGGUGUUUGGUUCUGAAUGCAUCCGAUACAUCAUUACAAAGCUUAGCGUACUUUGAUUUUGCCUGCAAGACAUGGUUUAAUAUUGAGAUUAAUUAUACAUUUCCAUCCUCUCGCUUUGCAUUGGCUUUUUCUACAUUUCAAGCUUAUGGAAAGCCAAAUCUAGUAUCAAGACACAGUGACGUUCAUCAUAACUAUGAAUCAUUUUAUGAAUAUUUGUGCAUGCAUGGCGGAAGAAAUGAUGGUCACAGAUUUAAUGACACUUACAUUUACAACAUUGAGGAAGAAAAAUGGAUAUCUUGUAAACUAGUUGAUGAUUCCAUUGGAAUUGCUGAAACUCUGCUCGAACAAGAGAAAGACAUUCAAAUAAUGACUCUAUCUAAGGAAAGGAAAAUGAAACGAAAAGAAUUGUCUUCCAAAGAAAUUAUUUACCGAGGUGGAAAUAUUGGCCAAUGCAUUUCCUAUAAUGACAUUAAUUUUAAGAGUUCAAGCUUAUUUUAUGAUUACAGUUUGGGAAUGACAACUUUUUCAAUGCCAAUGGUAUCUCAAUAUCCAACUCCUCUCUCUCUUAAAUUCAUUAGCUUUGGAGGAAAAACCGGCUUUGAUACAUACUCUGUGUAUGAUUCGUCUCUACUUACGUUUGAUCUCACAUUUUUCAAUUACCAAAACGAUCCUUCACUUUUGGUAGAUCCAACUAAAAGCGCGUCUACAGAUGCAUGCUUGGAAGAGCUCUCUGUUAAAUUGUGGUUCCAAAAGCAAUUCAAAGAUUGCUCCAUUGUGGAUGCUAGCCACAACGCCGUGGAUUGUCACCGUUUUAUUCUUGUGAAAAAUAAUUACUUUAACAAUAUUAUUCAAUCACAACAGUACAAGACAGACUUGAAAACAGAACAUUUAACUCUGAUACUCAAGUACUGCUACGGUAUUGAACUCGCUCCAAGAGACGCAGGAUUAUCUUACCAUGUACAUCCCACAUUAGAUUUUGAUUUAAAGGACAAGUCCAUGAUGGAUUUUAUUGACCUAUAUUCUGUGGUCCAUGAUAUGAAAUUUGUUGAAUUACUUGAGUAUUUGAGAAAAUUGUUGACUGUCACAAUGAAUAUUGAAAUGGCUACUUCAAUGUUCAAGGAACUCUGCAGUCUUGUGCAAAAGAGAGACACAGAACCCCUAAACGAACUACUUAGAUUUUGUGCUGACUAUUUACGUUUUACUGUGUUGCCAGAGAUGGAGGUUCUUAGAGAUGCUGAACUAGAAAUUUUCAUUAGCUCUAAUAACUUUUCAUUGCAAGAGACCUCAUUAUUCCGUUCCUUAAUUUCAUCUCCUGUGCCUCCAAACUUUAAUUUCAAACAUUAUGUGAAGAGGAGAGUCAUGCUUGCACGUGAAUAUAUGCAUUUGAAUUUGAUUGCACUUAUGUCCAAUCCAUCAGACAUCAAACUUACCACAUUUUCCAAUAUUAUUGUAAGGUUAGAUGAUUCGAUUCGAUUCGAAAUUGAAGCACCCUCAGCAUUACUUUCUCUACGAUUUGAUUACUUCAACAAUUUAAUAUUUAACAAACUUUUUUCAGAACAUCAAUUGGAUAUUGAGCUACCCACAGAAGUAUUUUAUCAACCACAUGCCGUCCAUCCAUUGCUUAAUUUAGCAGUCGUGUUAUAUUAUGCUUACACCAACGAUGUAGAUUUGGAAAAUGUACUGGCAUGUAAACAUGUUUUUCCAACACAAAAGAAUGAUCAUGAACAAACCACAAACAAUGAAUUUCAACCAGUAGAAAUUACACAAAGCCUUCUCAUUCAGUACAUUAUUGAUAUUUAUUCAUUGGCAGACUUUUUGGCAUCUCUCUCCAUGAAAGAAAGUAUCUUAAAAUAUGUCAGAAGAUUGAUUGCCACUGAAAAACUAAGCACUGAAACGGUGACAAGAAUUUCUCAAGAACUUGCAUCGGACCAUGAGAAUACCUCUGAUCUAUUAAGCGAAAUUUAUGAAAUGUUUCAUGACUGUUCUGACGAGUACGUGACUCUCCAGAAACAAGAAGUAAGAAAAGCGAAACGUUUUGUAAAGCCACCUCCUGAAACACUUGACAUUGAAUUCGAGGAAGAAGAAGAAUAA